AACGGCCAAAGGAUACACAUUGCACCGCAUGUGCACGUACAAAGUGUGUCCGGAUCCAUUUGCGAGGGGUCGACUGGGUCCCUUGCACCAAGCCAUUGACUGCCUCAGUGGUAGCCAUCGAAGACGUUGUAUUUCCCGACGCAGACACGGCAUUCGCGUGGUUGCCAACCCUCGCCUACGACAUGCAACUGGUACAACGCAUUAGCCAUCCAAAUCUCCUGCGAUACGUGGGCUUGACAGUGUCCGACGGGCACCGCCUUCAUGUUGUGUCAGAACACGUAGCAGGCGGGACGUUGCAAAGACUCUUGACCGAUUUUGGUCCGCUGCAUCGCGCGAUUGUGCCGCAAUAUAUUCAUGGCCUCCUUUGUGGAUUGCACCAACUGCACACUCACGAUGUCCCACACGGAGACCUGUCGAGCGCUCGCAUUUUCCUCGGACAGCAUGGACGAUUGAUCAUUGGCUGCUACUUCCCCACCAUGGCCACCAUGGACGCCCUCCACCACCACCGGGUGCUGCAAGGACUGGCAACAACGACACGGGUGGUGUCUAGUACUUCUAGUAAUACUACUAGUAGUAGUACCAAUGUCAUGGCAGAGGCCAUGGCGAGGGAUUUCAGGGGCGUGUUAUGGCUCAUGACGGAAAUGCUCGUCGGGGGGCGCGUGCGCGGCAUCGACAUCGACCCGCCACGCCUCUGCCAGUUGAUUGCAGAUUACCCCUUGGAGCAAUCGUUUUUAGCCCACGUAUUGCAGCUCGUUCCCGAUCUAUGUCGCAUGCCUGUGGAUUCUGCGUACGAAAUCGUGCUGAACCAUCCAUAUCUCGACGCUCAAGUGACGUGGCCCCAGCUAGUCUUGCAGGAAACCCCCCAGCAAGCGCGGGCUACCAAGGCGGCGCUGGAAUUGGAGCACUGUGUUGGCGUUCGCGCCGAGCUCUCCAUAGCUAUCGAUUCGUGGCUCGGGGGGUUUGAAACAGCGCAUGGCCGCCCCCCCAAGAAGAAGGAGUGGCCGCCGGACAUCGUGGAGCUGCACACGCGCCUCUCGGCGUUGAAAGUGCACAUGCAGGACCUGCACGACGCCGCUACCCACGACAAAGCCAGCAUCUUUGGCCACAACCGACACUUGCCGAGUCAAGGAGCAGUAGUAGAGGCCCAGCGAAGCACGUCAGGUGGAGGGGACACGCAACGGCAAACAAGGAGAUCGACAGCCCAAGAGUCGUUCCUGCUUCAAGCGUCAACAUCUCACCAUGUGGCCACAUCCCAUGUUAGUUGAUGGUGGUCAUUAAAUCAACACCACUUGGAGUAGCUUACUCGGUUCUACUAACGUUACACUCCAUAGUUAUUUGUCCG